CCCUCCAACAUGAAGCAAAAGAUAUUAGUGAAGGUGCAAAUGCACGGUGACAAAUGCCGAACCAAGGCCUUGAAGAUUGCAGCAUCUGCAUACGGUGUGAGCAAAGUGUCGAUAGAAGGAGCAAACAGGGAUCAUGUGGAGGUGAUUGGAGACGGCGUGGACUCGGUUUGCCUGACGGAGUUGCUAAGGAAGAAGCUUGGCUUCGCGGCCAUAGUAAAAGUUGAACAAGUGAAAGGAGAUAAAAAAGAGGAAAAACCAACUGCAUGCUAUGUUCAGUAUUGUGCUCCGCAGUGUCCUCCAAUGUACUGUGAAGUCGUUCGUGAAUAUCCAGAGCCAACUUGCUCCAUCAUGUAAUUGUCCUAGGAAGUUUUAUUUAAUUUCAUGAUU